CUAGGUCUCGAACAAGUGUGCGAGGGUAUUUAGAAGGUCGGGCACGUCGAGGCGGCCCCUUUCACUUCUUUUUCCUCGCUCCCUUGUAUUCAAUCUAGGGUUUUAGACUACCAACUUCCCCCCUCCCUUCGCUCACAAUCUCUUUGCUGUAUUCUCAAUGAGCAACAACAAGGAUAACUUCAACGUCUCCGAUCUCGGUUCUGCUCUCAAUGAGGAGGAUCGAGCAGGCCUCGUCAAUGCUCUCAAGAAUAAGAUUCAGAGCCUCGCUGGACAGCACUCUGAUAUCCUCGAAAACUUGUCUCCUGUUGUUCGUAAGCGCGUCGAGGAUCUAAGGGAGAUCCAGAGCCAACAUGACGAAUUAGAGGCUAAAUUUUUUGAGGAAAGGUUGGCGCUCGAGGCCAAAUACCAGAAAUUGUAUCAGCCACUAUACUCUCAGCGAUACGAUAUUGUAAAUGGUGUUGUUGAAGCUGAAGGAGCUGGAAAGGAAUUUGCUGCUGGACAAGACGAGGACAAAGAUGCAGCAGAGAAAGGAGUGCCCGACUUUUGGCUUAAUGCAAUGAAGAACAAUGAAGUAUUAGCUGAGGAGGUUACCGAGCGUGAUGAAGGAGCUCUCAAAUAUUUGAAAGAUAUCAAGUGGUGUAGAAUAGACAAUCCCAAAGGAUUCAAGCUUGAGUUCUUUUUCGACACCAAUCCCUUCUUUAAAAAUUCUGUCUUGACAAAGACAUAUCACAUGAUUGACGAAGAUGAGCCAAUUCUUGAGAAAGCAAUUGGAACGGAGAUUGAAUGGUAUCCAGGAAAAUGUCUGACCCAGAAGCUACUGAAGAAGAAGCCUAAGAAGGGAUCGAAAAAUGCCAAGCCAAUCACGAAGACUGAAAAUUGUGAAAGCUUCUUCAACUUUUUCAGUCCACCUCAAGUGCCUGAUGACGAUGAAGAUAUUGAUGAGGACACUGCUGAGGAGCUUCAAAAUCAAAUGGAGCAAGAUUAUGAUAUCGGGUCAACCAUUCGAGACAAGAUUAUCCCGCAUGCUGUCUCAUGGUUUACAGGGGAAGCUAUCCAAGAUGAGGAAUUUGAAGACAUGGAUAAUGAGGAUGAUGAUGACGAGGACAAUGAUGAUGAUGAGGACGACGAGGAUGAGGACGACGAGGAUGAAGAUGAUGAUGACGAAGAUGAGGACGAAGAUGAAGGAAAAUCCAGGAAAAAGUUGUCAGCUGGGAACAAGAAGGGUGGAAGAGGAGGAGCAGCGGCAGCUGGGGAUGGUCCGCAGGGGGAGAGGCCUCCAGAAUGCAAGCAGCAGUAGGAAUGAAAUCGAUAACGAGUCGGUGAGACUGUCUGUGUGUUAUGAGAGUCCGCUGUACAAGUAAUUUUUGGGUGCAAAA